AUUAUAAGAAAAACUGUCACGAUGGGACAGAAUAUGAGCGAUUCUCUCGGAUUCGUUCAACUGACACUAUCUUGCUCGUCCUUCUAUGAUACUGCUUGUGCUGUUGCUGACUUGAACCUCCUCAACUCGGAGAUUGGUCGUCUAGGCCUGGCCAUUUCGAUAAUCACUGGAUUGAGCAAUUGGUUUUUUGAUUUUUCACACACCUUAUAUUUAGAAGCCACUCAUUUGAAGCAAAGGACGUUGUUAUUGUCGUGGAUAAGUAAAAUUUUCAUUAUAACUGCCAUUUUAUUCAUUUUACGGCCAGUGAUGUCGUGGAUGAAUAGAAGUACUCCAGAAGGAAGAACUUUGAAGGAAGGUCAUGUUUCUUUCAUCCUUCUUAGCGUUAUGGAAUUUCAUUUUUUAGUCAGUUCAUUGGCAUAGAUCCUUCUCUUGGACCACUUAUGAUUGGGCUAACGGUACCUGUUGGGUCACCUAUAGCAGAAGCUGUUCAGAAAAAGCUCGAGUGCUUCGACACCUUUGUGCUCUUGCCGCCAUCUUACAUAAUAGCAGGUUAUCGCGUACAGCCAUUCAAAGUCAUUUGGGAAAGUUUUGUAGUUGUGGAGAUAAUGAUGUUGCUUGCUUACUCUGCAAAGAUUAUUGUAGUAAUAUCGGCUUCCCUCUACUUUCGGAUGCCUAUAGAGGAUUCCUUGUGUCUCGCUCUCCUUUUAAACUGCGACGGGAUAUUCUACAUGUUGUAUUUAAUGGCCAUGGUUGAAGCAGAGUUGAUGAGUCAACAAACUUACACAAUAAUGAUCUUCACAAAUCUAUUGAUAACAAUGGUAACUACGCCGAUAGUGAAACAUCUAUAUCAUCCUUCGAGGAGGUACGCGGGCUACAAGAGACAAACCAUCCUAAAUUCUGCUGUCAACAGUGAGCUGCGCAUACUGGCUUGUGUUUACAAUCAAGAAAACGUCCCCAGCAUCCUCAAUUUCCUUGAAGCCACUAAUCCAAUUACCAAAGAAAGCUUUGUAUGUAUAUAUGUUUUGCACCUCGUUGAGCUAGUUGGUCGUGCAACUUCCCUCCUCAUUGAACACAGAAAAAAAAAAAACAAUUUACACGAGCCAACAGCCGUAAUUCUUCAGAUAAAAUUAUAA